GCCAAAACCAAAAGACGCGGGGGCAACUGUUAUAAUCCAACCAAGAUAAUCCAGCCACUUUUCAUCGCAAAAAAACCCCCGCCCAAAUGAGCCAAUGCAGGUGGCGAUUUCACCACUGAAUCCCUUCCGUAGCCAUUGUCGUCAAGUUCUGUACGCCUCACUGCUUCUAAUCGCCGGAGCUAAGAAACCGAUGGUUACCACCACCGCUUGCAGCAGCAGUAGCGGGGGCGGCGGCGGAGGAAACCACCCAGGUGCGUUCACGACCAUCAAGGAGAGGGUCACCUUCGAACGAGAGAUCAAAAAGAGCAAAUUCAUCGCCGUUGCGGGCCCCAUCUCCGACGAGCGCUCCGCCCACUCUUUCCUCUCCGAGGUCCGGGAUACACGUGCUACUCAUAAUUGUUGGGCAUAUAAGGUCGGUGAUCAAUACCGGUGUAAUGAUGAUGGUGAACCUUCCGGUACAGCUGGCAAACCUAUACAUUCUGCAAUAGUUUCUUCAGGAGUAGAUCGUGUGAUGGUGGUUGUGAUAAGGUACUUUGGAGGUAUCAAGCUAGGAACAGGAGGGUUAGUCAGGGCUUAUGGUGGAGUAGCUGCAGAAUGCCUUAAAAAUUCGACACCUGUUCUUGUCAAAUCUAAAGUUCGGUUGGGUAUGGAGGUUCCAUUUGAUCUGUUGGGAGUUGUCUACCAUCAGCUACAGUCUUUCCAAGUUGAGGACAUAAAGCAAGAUUAUGAAACUGGAAAAUAUAAUAUCUCCAUGGUCACUUUCAAAGUUGAUUUUGAUCGAGUUGAGAGUUUGGAGGAUGCUAUCAAAGCCAAUUGUAGCCGAGAAAUAGUUUUCUACAAAAGCUGAAACGGAUUGAUGCAAUCUUCCUUAUAGUUCUUGGUCCCUUUUAUAGAGAGUUGUCCAGUUCAUGACUACCUUUUAGUUUGUCACUAAGGCAGCAGUUUCAUGACCGGUAACUGCAUCUUCCCUCCCCUCUAAAAUGGAAUUGUGCACUUUGUAUAGCCACCCAAUUCACAUAUGGAUGCAAUCUGGAGAAUUUUAACUGAUAUAAGCAUGCAUGUUCGGCUUAGAUGGCAUUGACAAAUACACUGGAAAUGUGGAUUUGACCUGAUAAGUCUUUCUUGUAUAUGCGUCUCUUCAGUUGAAUAAAAAUUAUACUAAUAUUAUUUGUGUUUACAUCGUUUCAA